AUGAACCCUAACAAUUUUCUAACGCGCCCUGUUAGGUUCCCUUCCGAGAAAGUGGACAAGAAACAACGACGUAAGCGGCCAAGUGCUGUGCCUGCUGAUGAUGAUGACAGUUGGCUCGAGGACGACAUGGGCACAAGACGAGCGCCUGGCCAACCACGACGCUCCAAGUUCCCUCGAGAUGUUAGCCCAGAUGAGCCCAAGGGUGAGCUUCCUUCUCGUGUCAAGCCUGCAAAUGUGAGCCGGAACAUCCUCCCUACCCAACAUCAGCUGGCAAAACGUGAGCCGUAG